AUGUUGUAUCAACGAGUGUCAGAUGCUCUAUCAGUGGUGCCUUCAUCGUCUAGGAUGAUCAAGCCACCGCCCAUGAACGUAUAUGGAACAAUAGGGAACAAGAGUUCAUAUGGAGCAUCACACCUCGGACACAUGUUGUUAGCUUAUGAUGGAAACAAAACCGUGUUUUCAGCAGGGCCAUUACCAUUUGAAUCCCAAGAAUUUUCUGUUAAACUCACCCAACAAAAUGGGUGGGAAAAGGAAUUCAAAAUCAACAUCAAAUUUACAGGUGGAAAGGAUAUGAACCAUCUGAAACAGUUCUUAAAUGGUGGACACCAUGAUAAUCCCCAUGAAACUAUCCAAGCUCUUGAUGUUUUUCUAAGGGAUUGUUUACAAGGAUUUAUUGUUCACGACACCGGAGCCACAAUAUCUAUUGUUGAGUAUUUUCUGAUGAAAUACGACAUUAAUCUUCAGUUUCCACACCUUCCAGCAAUCCAAGCUGGCACAAAUGCUAAACCGAUGUAUUUACCAAUGACGAUUUGUAGCAUUGUGAGUGGUGUAUGA